UUUUAGGAAGGCGUUUUGUGGCUGGUGAUUUUGUCCUUCAUCCUGUUGAUCCACUAGAUGAGAUGACCUCUGGUCUACAAGGUAUCCCAGUAUCCAUAUUUUUCACGUUUCUGAUUCCAUCAGUCCUAGGCAUUGGAGAGAAUGGAGUUUGCGACCAUGCCACACAGUUUGCCCAUUCGUUCUGGUUGAAGACCUAUCAUUUAAAUGGCAUGUUUGGUAGAGCAUCAUCUUCUGGGACUGCUUCUGGAGCAACUCUACUUCGUGCGUCAUGGCGCCACGUGACUCGUUACAAGCUCGAUCGUAUCCUGGUUGAUCUGCAAACACAGUUUCGCCGUUUGGCCCUACACCAUGCAGGACUUCGCCCGAAUACACAAACUGCUUAUUUGGCUUUGGCUGCUAGAGGCGCUGGUUCUGAUCUUAGGCCAGUAACGCCCAGUGCAGUCGAAAUGGAUUUCGAAGACCGUGAGCAACUCAUUUCCCCAUGGGAACGCAGUCCUCCCCCCUACUCAACUCCAUUUGUGAACGCCGCUGGGGAAUUUGCUGUGGGUAACGAGGCGGAACGAAGGCAGUCUGCUCCAUACGUCAACUCUAUCCGCUGCGCGGCUUUCGAGCCCCCGUUUUUCACCCUGGAAGUUCAGGUGGCAUACGAAACACUGGAUUUCCUCAUCAAUCUUGUCGCCAACAUUGGUCCAAAGCUUCGGACUGCGACUUUGCUUUCCAGUGCCCGACGAGUGCGUCAUGGUCGUUUGACUCUCGAAGAUGCUUUGCUGAUGAAACAAUGUACAGUUCCGGAACAGGUUCUACAGUCUUUAUCGAACUAUGUGACCAAGGAGCUCAAAGAAGACGAAGUGCCGUUGGAUGAAAUGGAGUUGUUAGGCUUGUUGGCUCGGUCUACCACAACACCUAACCUCUUCACUAAUCUCUUCACUUGCACCACACUUCACCCAUCCGAGGAACGACCUCCCACAGAGGAGGAAUAUCGGUUAUUGACCUCGAUAAAAUAGACCCCUGAGGUGACAAAUGACGACCCGUCUUUCAUCUUUUUUUUCAUGUACAGAUUACGACCGAUUAAAACUUGCUUGCUUGUUUCUAAUUUCUGACCCUCUGUGUUUCGUCACUUCGAUGUAAAUUCCUAUUCACGUUGUUGCUGGAUAUAGGCAUUUCCCUGGAAGCAGGACUGAUUUCUGUUCAUCUCUGUUCUCUCCAAUCUCAAGGCUUUGUUUGUCGAACCUUCUGCUCAUCAAGUGGAAAUGUAAUCCGUGGUUGCAUCCAAUUAACAACAAAACUGUCAGUCUUUUGCGACGCUCAUAAGGAUUGAUAGUCCUCUGGAUGGACUAUAUCUUAAGAGAACCACCGUUGGUUGUUCACCCAAAACCUCAUAAACCUUUGAGAUUGCCAAAAGAGACCUGUUAUCGCAAACCUAAUUCCGGACCAUCCCUUUCGCCACUGUCUUGCCGGAC